AUGGCGCCCGGCGUCCUGUCCUACUCCUCCUCCGGGACAUCGCCUUCGGCAAGUCCUGUAAUGAUGACCCCGAUCGAUCACUCCGACACCACUUCCGAUGGCUUCACGAGCCUCUCUGUUGGGCCCCUAGACGGCACCGGCCUUGGCAUCAACGGCCAGUCGACAAACGGCCACUCCAACGGUCACUCCAGCAGCAACGGCCACUCCAAUGGCGCCUCUUAUACCAACCCCGUUGGUGGCAGCGACGCCGGCCUGAAGCAGAUGCCCAUCGCCAUCGUCGGUAUGGCCUGCCGCAUGCCCGGCAGCGUCUCCAGCCCUGCCGAAUUCUGGGAGCUGUGCUCCCGUGCCAGAACCGGCUUCACGCCUGUGCCCAAGAAGCGCUUCAACCACGAGGCUUUCUACCACCCCAACCCGGGCAAGACUGGAGCUUACCAUGCCGAAGGUGGUAACUUCUUGGACGUUGACCUGGAGUCCUUCGACGCCCCGUUCUUCGGGCUGACAGAAAAGGAGGCCAUCUCAAUGGACCCUCAGCAGCGUCUGCUGCUCGAGUGCACGUUCGAGGCGCUCGAGAACGCCGGUGUUCCCAAGCACACAAUCGUUGGAAAGGACGUUGGUGUGUUCGUCGGUGGUUCCUUCGCAGAGUACGAGAGCCACCUGUUCCGGGAUAGCGACACGAUACCCAUGCACCAGGCCACAGGAUGUGCCCAUGCGAUGCAGUCCAACAGGCUUUCACAUUUUUUCGAUCUCAGGGGACCUAGUUUCACAGCAGACACUGCUUGCUCUGCGAGUUUGGUCGCCCUUCACUUGGCGUGCCAGAGUCUGCGCGCCGGCGAGUCCACCUCCGCCAUUGUUGGUGGCUGCCAUCUGAACAUGCUCCCUGAGUUUUGGAUUUCCUUCUCUUCGUGCAGAUUGCUCGCAGACUCAGGCCGCUCCAUUGCUUUUGACCAGCGUGGUACCGGUUUCGGUCGUGGCGAAGGCUGUGGUAUCAUCAUCCUCAAGCCUCUUGACCAGGCCAUCAGGGAUAAUGACUCCAUCCGCGCUGUCAUCCGCGGUACUGGCAUCAACCAGGAUGGAAAGACGCCAGGCAUUACGAUGCCCAGUGGCGCAGCACAGGAGAAACUCAUGAAGCAGGUCUACAGGAAUGCAGGCCUUGACCCUCAUGACACUGGUUACGUCGAGGCUCACGGUACGGGUACCAAGGUUGGUGACCCCAUCGAGGCCACCGCCCUUCACAACGUUUUUGGCAACAACAGAUCCGCCAAGGACCCUCUUUUCAUCGGCUCCGUGAAGUCCAACAUUGGUCAUUUGGAGGCCGCCUCCGGUAUCGCCGGAGUCAUCAAGGCUGCGAUGAUGCUCGAGAGAGGCUUCCUCCUGCCCAACCAUGACUUCAAGAAGCCCAACGAGAAGAUCCCUUGGAAGGAGUGGAACAUGAAGGUUCCCGCCACCCAGAGGCCGUGGCCCAAGAACAAGAAGUACAUCAGUGUUAACAAUUUCGGAUUCGGCGGUACGAACGCCCACGUUGUUCUUGAGAAGGCACCUUUCGUUGCCAAUCCCAGAGACAAGAUGCUGCCUCCUGUUGAGGCCAAGAAGGUCAAGGGCACCAAGAAGCUGUACGUCUUGUCCGCCAACGACAAGAACUCCGUUCAGGAAGUCAUGAAGAACCUCGUCGUCUACCUUGAGCAGAGACCCGAGAUCUUCCAGCACGAUCUGAUGGAGAACAUUGCUUACACUCUUGGCUCGCGUCGCUCCAUGCUUCCGUGGAGGGCCGCCAUCGCCGCCGACGACUCUUUCGACCUCAUUGAGACCCUCAACAGCGGCAAGGUCAUUCCCGGCAAGGAGGGUGAGCCGUUGAGAAUCGGCUUCAUCUUCACCGGUCAGGGUGCCCAAUGGUGGGGCAUGGGUCGUGAGCUCUACGGCCAGUUCCCCGUCUACGCUGCUGCCAUUGACAGAGCCGACGAGUGCCUGAAGAAGUUGGGCGCCGAGUGGUCUCUCAAGGCCGAGCUCAACAAGGACCAGGAGACCUCCAAGGUUUCUGACGCUCACAUUAGCCAGCCGGCUUGCAGUGCUGUCCAGCUCGCGUUGACGGAUCUGCUCCGUACCUGGGGUAUCCGCCCUGUGGCUGUUGCUGGUCACUCGAGUGGUGAAAUCGGCGCUGCCUACGCUGCCGGUAUCAUUGGCUUCGAUGCCGCCAUGGCUAUUGCCUACCACCGUGGUAGACUCAUUCCCAUUCUCAAGAAGAGACACCCCGAUCUCAAGGGUGCUAUGAUGGCCGUUGGCGGUACCAAGGAGGAGGUCCAGCCCAUGAUUGACGCUCUGAAGGAGCAGCAGGUCAGAAUUGCCUGCUACAACAGUCCUUCCAGCUUGACCAUCUCUGGUGACGUCGCCGCUCUAGGCGAGCUCGAGAAGAACCUCGAGGAGAAGCAGAUGUUCAACAGACGCCUGCAGGUCGAGACUGCCUACCACUCUCACCACAUGAACCUCGUUGCCAAGGAGUACCGCGAGUCCAUCUCCGAGCUUCCUCACCCCCGCACUACCGAGGUCCGCUUCCACUCCUCGCUCUACGGCCACCAGAUCGACGGCUUCGAGUGCCAGGCUCACUACUGGGUCAACAACUUGACCUGCGCCGUCCGCUUCUCUGAGGCUCUUGAGACCAUGCUCGAGCCCGUUGGUGACCACAAGCACGGUGUCAACAUGCUCAUCGAGCUGGGCCCCCACUCUGCUCUCCAGGGCCCCAUCAAGCAGAUCCUUAAGCACGUCGGCGACAGCGCCACGAAGAUCCCCUACGCUGCUCCUCUCAUCCGUAAGAAGGAUGCCGUCGAGUCUGCUAUGGAGGUGGCCAGCAGUGUCAUUCUCAAGGGUGCCAUCCUCAACAUGGACGCCAUCAACUUCCCUAAGCCCGGCAAGAAGCCGUCACUGUUGACCGAUCUGCCCCGCUACGCCUGGAACUACUCCAACAAGUACUGGCAGGAGUCGCGCAUGACGCAGAUGCACAAGUACCGCAAGUCGCCUCGCAACGACUUGAUCGGUCUUGAGGCUAUCUACUCCAGCGACCUGGAGCCCACCUGGAGAAAUAUUGUCCACCUGGACGAUCUCCCUUGGCUGCGUCACCACCAGAUUCAGGGCUUGACUGUCUUCCCCAUGGCUGGCUUCAUCGCCAUGGCCCUUGAGGCCUCCGCCCAGUGGGCUCAGCGCAAGGAGCUUUCCUUUGAGAAGUUCGAGCUGAGAGACAUUUCCGUCAUCAAGCCUCUGGCUCUCAACGACACUGACGUCGAGAUGACCAUCAACCUCCGCCCCCACCAGGAGACCAACCUCAGUGCCUCUGAGACCUGGAAGGAGUUCCGCAUCUGCUCUUGGAGCCACGGCAGUGGCUGGACUGAGCACUGCGUCGGUCUCAUUGCUCUCCACGGCACCGAGACCAACGAGGUCGACGGUGAGGAGCAGAAGCUUGCUGCUCUCCGCGGUGCCGAGGCCACCAUCAAGGCCAGCGAGGGCCCCGACGCUGUCGAUGUCAACGAGACUGAGAUGUACGAGCGCCUCACUGACCUUGGCGUUGGCUACGGACCCUCUUUCCAGGGUGUCAAGGCCUGCAAGGCUUCCAACAAGUUCUCCCACGGAAGCAUCUCAUCUGCUGAUAUCAUUGCGGACAUGCCCAACCACUACAUGACCAGUACUGUUCUCCACCCCACCUUCUUGGAGUCUCUCAUUGAGAUGUACUGGCCCAUCCUCGGUGCUGGUCGCACUGAGCUCAACACCGUCUACCUCCCCUCCUCCAUCGCGAGACUUUGCAUCGCCCGCGACAUCACUGCUCUCACUAAGGAGGCUGGCAGCUCUCUCAAGGCCUACGCCAAGGCCGACUUCUCCGCGACCGAGGCCCGUCCCACCAAGGUCUCCAUCUUCGCCACCAACGAGAAGAAGGACAUUGUCAUCGAGAUUGACGAGCUCACCGUGUCUCCCAUCAUUGAUGGCCAGACCGAUCUCGGCAACAACCCUGCCCGCGAGCUCUGCUACAAGCUCGAGUGGGAGAACAUUGGCGACCUCAAGUCCCUGUCCGGCAAGGGCAAGAAGAACGCCUCCAACGGAGUCAAGGUCGAUGCUCCUCUCCCCGAUGUUGACGUUGCCAUCAUCCACGGCGAGUCCAACUCCCAGCAGAUGUUGGCCAACGGUCUCGCCAUCGCUCUGGCAAGCUCCACCUCCAGACUCCCCGAGAUGGGUGCUCUGCACGAGGUCAACACCGAGGGCAAGCUUUGCGUCGUUCUUACCGAGAUCGAGCAGCCCUUCCUUGCCAACCCUACCAAGGAGCAGUUCGCUGAUAUCCGCAACAUGAUUGCCGGUGUUCAGGGCUGCCUCUGGGUUGUCCGCGGUGCCUACGACAAGGCUACUUCUCCCGAGUCUAACAUGAUUGUCGGUCUCAGCAGAACCGUCCGCUCCGAGUCUGUCCUACCCUUCGCCACCCUCGACUUGGACGCCAACAACGAGCUGGACGAGGAUGACGCUUCCGCCGUCAUCUACGAGAUCUUCAAGCUGGCCUUCAACACCAACGCUUCCUCCACCAGUGAGCUUGAGUUUAUGGAGCGUUCCGGCAAGUUCUUCACUCCCCGCAUCAUCCACGAUGAGGAGAUGAACGAGUUUGUCCACCGCGAGACCAACCCCAGCAUCGUCGAGCUCCAGCCCUUCGGCAAGGACGACCGCAACCUGAGAAUGGAGUUCUCCACUCCUGGUGCCAUCGAGACCGUCCACUUCGUCGAUGACAACCUCGUCAACCAGCCCCUCGGCGACGAGGAGGUCGAGUUCGAGGUCAAGGCCGUCGGCAUGAACGUUCGCGAUGUCAUGCUCGCUAAGGGACAGAUCCCUGACGCCGAUAAGCACGCCCUUGGUGUCGAGGCUGCCGGUAUCAUCACCCGUGUUGGUUCCGCUGUCAAGUCGCACAAGGUCGGUGACCGCAUCGCUGCCCUCACCAUCACCCAUGGUGCCUACGCCACCCGCACUCGUACCACGGCCGCCAGCAUUAUGCCCAUCCCUCCCAAGAUGUCCUUCGUCGACGCUGCCACCCUGCCCUUGGCCUACUGCACUGCCUACUACAGCUUGGUUGAGCAGGCUCGUCUCCGCGAGGGCCAGCGUGUGCUCGUCCACUCUGCCGGUGGCGGCAUUGGCCAGGCCUCCGUCUGCCUCUCCAAGAUGAUUGGUGCUGAGGUGUUCGUGACCGUCAGCUCCGCCGCCAAGAAGAAGCUCCUCAUGCAGCACUACAAUGUUCCUGAGGACCAUAUCUUCUACAGCCGCAACACCACCUGGAGAGCUGCUGUCCGUCGUGCGACCAACGAUGAGGGUGUCGAUGUUGUCCUCAACACCCUCCCGGGUGCUGAUGCCCUCAGGGAAUCUUGGGCUUGUCUCAGCCGCUUCGGUUACCUCGUCGAUGUUAGAAGGAAAGAUGGCUCUCGCGCCACCCGCCUCGACAUGGGCCAGACCGACAGCAACGCCUCUUUCUUGAGCGUCGACAUCUUCGGCCUUGCCGCCGAGAGGCCCAAGAUCAUGGAGAGACUCGUCAAGGAUGUUGCCAAGCUCCUUGCUGACGAUGAGCUUCGCCCCAUCGACCCUGCUACCGUCUUCCCUGUCUCCACCAUGGAGACUGCCUUCAAGACGCUGCAAACCUCCCAGGGUCCUGGCAAGUUGGUCGUCGUCCCCAGCGCCUCUGACGUCGUCAUGGCCACCCCCUCCAAGGGAAUGACGGACCUUCUGAAGGCUGAUGCUACCUACCUCCUCAUCGGUGGUACUGGUGGUCUCGGUCGCUCCAUGUCCAGAUGGAUGGUCGCCCACGGUGCUCGCAACCUUGUCCUCCUGUCCCGUUCCGGCUCUGCCACCGGCAAGGUCAAGGAGCUCAUUGACGAGGCUGCUGCUGAGGGUGCCCACAUCACCGUCCGCUCUUGCAACGUUGCCGACCGCGCCAGUGUUGAGGAGCUUUUCAACUCUGGUCUCAAGGGCCUGCCUCCUGUCCGCGGUGUCAUUCACGGUGCCAUGGUUCUUCGCGACGUUCUCUUCGAGAAGAUGACCUACAGUGACUACACCCAAGUAACAGAGUCCAAGGUUCAGGGUGCCUGGAACUUCCACCACGCCCUGCAAGACCGCUCUAUCCCCUUGGAUUUCUUCGUCGCCAUCUCCUCCGCCGCCGGUGCCGUCGGUAACAGAGGUCAAGCAGCCUACGCCGCCGCUAACUGCUUCCUCAACGCCUUCGUCCAGCACCGCCUCGCCAACGAUCUCCCCGCUGUCUCCCUCGACCUCACCGCCGUCUCCGACGCCGGCUACGUCGCCGACGGUGACGCCGAGCGCGCCGCUGAGAUCAUGAAGAACCUGGGCUCCGACACCAUCUGCGAGGCCGAGGUCCUUGCCCUCCUCGGUGCCUCCAUCUCUGGCAAGACCUCCGUCGCCAACCACCACAUCAUCACAGGUAUGCGCAUCACGCCCGCCGUCCAGCCUUUCUGGACGCCCGAUGCCAAGUUCAAGGGCAUGCGCCUCGCUGCUGAGGAGCUUGCAGCCCUCGAGGCUGGCUCCGGCGCUGUCUCACUCAACGCCGCGCUCAAGGCGUCUCGCAGCGAGACCGAGGCUAUGGAUGUCGUCUGCCGCGGCCUUGUCGAGAAGAUCGCCGCUGUGCUCAUGAUGGAGAUGGAAGAGCUCGACAUCACCCGCAGCUUGGCGCAUUACCCUCUCGACUCGCUUGUUGCCAUCGAGAUCCGUAACUUCAUUACUCGCGAGUUCGAGGCGAACAUGCAGGUCUUGGAGUUGCUGUCCAGUGGUAGCAUCCAGACACUGACCAAGGCUGUCUGCAAGAAGAGCAAACUCUGCGUCGGCUUUGACUGGAGCAGCUAG